AUGCUCGAGAAGUCGAUCGAUGCGUUUGGCGGUCGCCUUAAAAUUGACCCAAAUGGCAGGAUUAUGAAGCAAGAGGCGCAUGUUGAACGAGAACAACCAGCACCGGUUUUCUGGCGAUCAAUAAAUAUGUCCGCCCCAGAGACCCAUCGUGGCCAGGCUACUGAGCCGUAUUUCGCCGGAGUAAACAGAACGAAAAAUCCUAGCCCGCCGGCGUGUAAUCAUAACGUUUUUAGGCAAAGUCCCUUGGCGGUUGUUGAAGCAGUGGAUGACAAAGAGGAUGAGGCUGAUGAGGGCGGAUACGAAGAGGGCGUCGCUGCUUCCUGGGGAGCCGAUGAAGAUGGCAUCACACGAGGUCACUUCACGCAUGACCUGUUUGCCCAACUCUAUGACUCUGAGGUGUGCUGUACCUGUUGUUUCGCCUCGAUCUGUAUUACCUGUGGAGUGGAGGAGUUGUUGAGGGCGUCUACUAAAUGCCGGCUACGACCAUUCUCUUACUUGGUCGCGUUCUUCUGUAUGGUUGCCAGCCCAGUCUUCGGUUGCCUAAGUGUGGCCUGUUGCCGGACUCGGUUUCGUCGCAGGCACGAGAUACCCGGCAACUGUUGCACCGACCUUUUGUUCACCUGUUUCUGUCCGUGUUGCGUCUACUCGCAGAUGUUGAUGCACAUUCGCAGGGAUUGCAUCAAUCAGCAAGCCAUUAAAGAGGCGAACAUCUAG